UUUGUCCCUUUGGGUGCCAGGCCUGUUACAUGGGCAUUAGCAGUGCAGCAAACUAAGAGGAACUUUAUUUAAAAAUCUGUCUAAGAAGAUGAAGUCCAGCAUGCAUCUUCUGUCCCAACAUGGCCCAACAGCUCAGUGGAGCGCACACUGCUACCUGGUAUGUAUAUUCAUCAUGAUUGCCUGCUCUAGAACAGCUUCACCCCUUCACGCCCCUCCAGUGACGACAGGUCUCCGCUCUGCUUUCUCUGCCACACGAACCAACAGCGUUGUGGGAGGCAAGCAGAAGGCGGUGAUCUUCAACAGGCUCAUGGUCAACAUUGGAGGGGAUUUCAACCCAGACACUGGUCACUUCCGGUGCCGCGUACCUGGGGCUUACUACUUCUCCUUCUCUGUGGGGAAAUUUCCAAAGAAAAUGCUUUCUGUGAUACUGGUGAAGAAUGGAGAGGAGGUGCAGGCUAUAGCGUAUGAUGACUACCGCAAGAAAGGGAGGAAAGUUCAAAGCCAAAGCCUAAUGAUCAGUUUGAAGGAAAUGGACACAGUGUGGCUGCUUUUACAGCAGAGUCCUCAAUAUGCUUUGUACAGCAAUGCUGGCCCUUACAUCAGCUUCUCUGGUUACCUUGUCUAUCCUAACAUAUCCCCAACUGGCUACGUCAGCAACCAUCUGUCCACAUCAGGGCUGUCUUACCCAAACUGCCCCCCUCAAGCUGACCCGUUGGCCAGAGGUCACACAUCAGAGCAACAGCGGUCUGCCUUCUCUGUGGCACGGACCUCCACACUCAUGGGUCAGAAUAUGAGGCAGCAGGACAAGACACCUCUGACCUUUGAUGUGGAAUACGUCAACAUUGGGGGACAUUUCAACAAAACCUCAGGCCUGUUCACAUGCCACUUCCCAGGUGCUUACUUCUUUGCCUUCACUGUGGGAAAACACCCUCGUAAGGCUGUUUCCGUGAAGCUGAUGACCGGGAAGGGCGAGGUGCAGGCGAUGGUGUUUGAUGAGGACACGUCAAAGAGAAGGGAGAUGCAAAGUCAGAGCUUGCUGCUGUCUCUCCGCCGGGGCGACAGUGUGUGGCUGUACAGUCAGCAGGAUGAGCGUUAUGCUGUCUACAGUAACCAGGGGAGGUACACCACUUUUUCUGGCUUCUUGGUUUAUCUUGAAGCAGAGACACUCACACCUCCCACCACACAGGACAGAACUCACCUCUAAAUGUCUUUACCCUUCAUAACACAAUCUGUUGUUUUUGUAGAAAAUCUGUAGAUGAUUUCUAUGUGGAUGGAGCAGAAAAAGAAUGUGUGGUCAGUAUAGUAUAACUACUUUACUGCUUUGUUUGUUUGCUUUUUGUUUAUCUUCUCUAUAAUGUAACUCCGGGGAUAAUAUUUGUUGCCAAAUGACUCCACAAGAUGGUGCUGUGAUACAACUAUGGACAUUAACCAGCAUGCAACAUGGGUAUUUGUGUCCUUUAAGUGCAAUUAGCUGUAAGGCAUCACAAAAAGAAUAUUUGUGUUUAUAUAACAACUUGUUAAUUCAGUAAUACAAUUGGGUUUGGUUCACAGACAUAUUUACUUUUAUUGUAUUCAAAUGUUUUAUAAAGCAGUUUUUUAAAUGUAAAAAAUAGUAUUGUAUGCUAAGGAGUAACGUGUAAAUGAUGUAUAGUUUAUCAUAAUCUACUCACUGUAAAAAUGAGAUUUAGAAAUCAUGGUCAUGUGAGUGUGGAUAGUCAUGUUAUGGAAGUUUUAUAUUGUAGAUAUAUCUGUAUCUCUUAUGAUAUUUUUUGUGCAUUUCAAGAAACUAAAUAAAUUCAAUCA